AUGUAUUCUAGACGUGAAAUAGACAAAAUUGAAGAGUCAGCUCGCCCCGACGCAUCGUCUACCGCGCGGCAUGCCCGAAUCGCCCUCAACGCCGAAGAACUCGAAUCAGCCGCGGACUCAGUCAUUCUACAAAGAUCCCUACGUCUGAACAUAGUCAUCUUAACUGCCUCCUCUUUUGCUCGGCGCUUCCAGAAUGCUCGUUUUGAACCCCACCUCCAGCAGGUUAAUCAGAUCGGUAGCGGCCUCCAAGGCGCUAUCUUUGAAAUAGUUGGGAAGACAUAUGCCCUCAAGAAGGAAAGUCCAGGCAACGAAUUACGUCGCUCGAAUCUCCUAUCCGAAUACAAAUUACAUUGCGACGUUUCCGCUGCGUUUAAUCUCUACCAAAUGUCCACCCAGAGCAUCGUCCAUGUUCCGACGCCUUAUAAUUUUACUCUGAAAACGCAAGAAGCCUGGGAUGAAAUUCUCCUAAAGAUACCACGGGGAUAUCGUACACGUGGAAAUAUUGUGGCCAUGGAACGUAUCCUUCCCCUACCAAAGAUAACGCGUAGAGCACUCAUCACUUUUUUCUGUCGUCGUGAAUGGGAUCUCAAUGAUGUUGAGGUCGAGUACGUUCUGAACAAUCCGCAAAACAAACACUGUCUUGCGCGAGUUUACCUGGGUAAAGGAAAUGCUUCGAUCAAGCGACAGAAUCCGGCCCCGCUCAGAAACUUCCCGCUAUACCUCGACUGGAUGGAGGAAUUGCAAAUCGACACCGCCAUGCUUGCUCAAGAAAUGGGUAAAGCCUACGCAACAAUGCACUGGGGUGCAGCAAUCAAUGGAGACGAUGUGGAAUUUGUACUCGGUACAUCCGCAUCAAGGGAACCGGGGACGCUUUUUGAGUCUGCAGACUUCCAACAUCGCGCUAUUGGACUGUAUCUUCUGGACUUCGGUCAAUGCGAGGCUGUUGAUUUGACUCAGGAUUGUGCCACUGUUUACCAAGCGUUCAAGGGAGCGAUGGUUUUAGGCGAUAAUCAGCUUUUUAUUCCACAUGCGUUGACUAGCCCGUCAUUAUUCACGGUCUUCAAGAAGGCGUACGUCGACGCUGGAAAUGCCAUUUUGUCCGCGAGGAAACUGGACCAAAAGUUCAACAUGGGGGAUUUCAUGAAGGAAUACGAGGAGUAUGCAGAAGACUUUGUGUACUAG